UGUAAAAAUGUUCCAUGGAUGCGAAAUCUUUGCUUUUUAUCCCCAAUUAAAUAGAUCAAAAAAUGCAGAUCUCGACUUCUUGUUAAUCUAGGAUUUUCUUACGGAUGAAUCGAGAACUUGUAGGCACAUCAAGAUGUUACUGAUGUGUGAUCGUUCUAUAUACCAUGUCGUGUUUGUUCUUAACCCUCGAUUGUUGGAUUGGAGCAUAUGCUUGUUCUUUGCGUGUGUCUUAUUUUCUGCUGAUGUUGUAUUAUGGGAUAUUGUCAGAUGUCCAUCCCAACGCACUCCUAGAGCUACAUACCCAACUGCUGUUGAGGAUGACAGUUCCAAAGAGACUGACAGAAUUCCAACACCUAAAGUGAUAAUUGAUCAAGACUCAAACCCAGAUGCAACCAUCGUCGAGGUAGCCUUUGGCGAUCGCCUUGGAGCACUACUUGACACUGUCUUUGAUCCGGUUCCCUGGAUUGUUCCACAUAUCCUAUGAUUCAAGCUUUAAACAAUGGAGUUUGUAGAGAAAUUUGAGCUCUUCCCAGACUUGAAACUGCUAAUGUA